AUGGCUGCCCUCAUUGCCGAGAACUUCCGCUUCCUCUCCUUGUUCUUCAAGAGCAAAGAUGUGAUGAUCUUCAAUGGUUUGGUGGCCCUGGGCACAGUGGGGAGCGAGGAGCUCUUCUCGGUCGUUGCCUUCAACUGCCCCUGCUCCCCUGCCCGCAACUACAUCUAUGGGCUGGCUGCCAUCGGCGUCCCAGCCCUGGCCCUCUUCCUCAUCGGCGUCAUCUGGAACAACCACACCUGGAACCUGGUGGCCGAGUGCCACAAGCGUGGCACCAAGAACUUCUCUGCUGCUGCCACCUUUCUCCUCUUUGGCUCCAUCAUGGGCCGGGCAGCUGUGGCGCCUGUCACCUGGUCAGUCAUCUCACUGCUGCGUGGGGAGGCUUACAUCUGCGCCCUCAGCGAGUUUGUCAGGCCAUCCUCCCUGGACAAGUUCCCGGCCGAGUAUGGGGCCGAUGUGCUGGCCAGGUUCCCCUGUAAAGAUGUGCCAGCGAACCUCACCAAGUUCAGGGACGAGGUGACACGGAGGCUGAGAUAUGAGUCCCAGCUCUUCGGCUGGCUGCUCAUCGGCAUCGUUGCAGUCCUGAUUUUCCUCACCAAGUGCCUGAAGCACUGCUGCUCACCACUGAGCUACCGGCAGGAGGCUUACUGGGCCCAGUACCGCUCCAAUGAGGACAAGCUCUCCCGACGCACAGCCGAGGUCCACUCCAGGAUUCUGGCAGCCAAGAACGUGAAGCACUUCUUUGGCUUUGUGGCACUGGACAAGGAGGAGAAAGAGCUGGUGCAGGAGUUCCCGGUGGAGGGCGUCCAGCCAAGCCCCCAGUGGAAUGCCAUUACAGGUGUCUACAUCUACCGGGAGAACAAAGGCUUCCCUCUCUACAGCCGGCUCCACAAAUGGGCCAAAGGGGUGGAAGGGAACGGGCCAAGCCCAGAAGGUCAUGAAAUGCUCUUUUUAGCUUCCUAA